AUGUUUGGAUCCUGGGAAGGGGCCGGGAAGACUGGCGUAAAUGGAUUGAGGUCCCUCCACGCUGAAAGGCACCGUGCAAUACCAUCUCUUUCUGGUGCUUUUCCGCUCUUUAGCCAUUUUACAGCUGCUUCCACUUCCGCAUAUUCAGGCUGGGUUGCUCAGCAUGGCAGGGUUAACAGCUCAGGCGAGAGAGGAAUUGUUAUGGAGAGUGGUGUCUCAUAA